GUGGUCGUCAUCACAACAUCACGUCGAUGUAUUGGUGAUUCAUGGUUUUCUACACGUCGGGCUUCAUGUUGCUUGUAUGAUCUAACCGCGAUGUUGCACGUUACUCAUUUGCUCGGGAGGAUUGUAUCGAGGCUUUGCGAUGAUGAAGAAUUCAACGCGUUUGAUUGUGAUGGUUCUGACUGGUUUCUACCGGCUAGAUACAUACAACCACAUCUGGUGGGAUGUGGGACGUUCGGACAAGUUUGCUCUGUCUUGGACUCUUUCACAAACGAUCGUGUCGUCAUCAAGAAGCUAUACAAAGCAUUUGACACAGGGACUCACGCACGUCGAACUCACAGGGAGCUAAUUCUUCUACAUCACAUGAAUCACGAAAACGUUGUUGGGUUGUUGGAUGCAUUUACUCCUGAUUGUUGUGCACAGAGCUUGACUGACAUAUAUUUAGUCACUGCUUAUAUGUCAAGAACACUUCAUUGCGUUAUCGGUUCAGAACCCAAUCUCUCAAUGGACAAAAUCAAUCUACUAGUUUAUCAAAUCCUUCGAGGUCUUAAGUAUAUUCAUUCUGUUGGGGUGAUUCAUAGGGAUCUGAAACCGAGUAAUAUUGUUGUUGAUAGUGAAUAUCGUCUAAAGAUAAUUGACUUCGGUCUUGCUCGUGUUGCCUCCAAUUCUAUGAUGACUGGCUAUGUAGCGACACGCUGGUAUCGCGCACCAGAGGUGAUGUUCAACUGGGAAAAGUACGGAAACUCAGGCAAACUUGAUGUUUGGUCUGUUGGUUGUAUAAUGGCACAGAUGUUGACCGGCAAGCCAUUGUUUCCCGGACAAAAUUGUCUUGAUCAAAUACGACUUAUCAUUGACUUUCUGGGUACACCUUCUGAUCAUUUCUUAGUGACAGUUGAAGAGGCAGCUCGAGAAUUUCUCUUGUCUCUUCCACCUGCACAGAAGACCAAUUUUAUCAACUACUUUCACCGUGCCAACACUGACGCAUUAGAUUUGCUAGACAAAAUGCUUCAACUCAACAUGAGAGAUCGCAUAAGUGCAUCUGAAGCUCUGAAGCAUUCUUACUUCUCGCUUCGGCAUGACAACCAACCAGAAGAGUUGCUGCCAGCAGUAAGACCGUUUCAUGAUCCAUUGGAAGAGCAGAGUUUGUCAGUGGAAGAGUUCAAAUGUCUCGUCUUUGCACAGUUGAAAGAAAUUUCGAGAUGGAAAUCAAAGAACCCCAGCAUUCCCUGUUGUCAGGGCAACCUACAAAUGCCAGAACUGGAUUGUAUGUAGCAUUGAAAGGAAAACAAGGCACACAGCUUGGAUCUUGAAUGAAGCCAGAGUAUCUGCUCUUAUGGUUUCCUCUAGAGCCGGAAUGCAUGGAAAUUUGGGACUCCGCCCACAUUUGGACUGAUGUGGGUAGUCCAACUUGUUAAUAUUAACAUAUUGAAUACGGGUCAUGGACAUAACCAGAAUCACAGUUUUGAUAGAUUCAUGUUGACUGAUUAUAGUCGUGAUAGUAAGUUCAAUUGGCACUGAGCUGCAGCAUAAAUUCUUUAUUAUUAAUAUUAAUUAUAUUAAUUAAUUUUGAAAGUUAA